AUGAGUUCUGACAGUGGGGGUAAAGACCCCAAGCAUAAUACUAAGAAGAGAAAAGUAGAUGAAGUACAAGAUGAUGAGUCUAUACAUGCACCAUACUACAAGAAGAACCAUAUACGUUGUUAUCCUGAUAAUUCUCCAGGUUGUAUAUUUCCUGUAUACAUACAAAGCACAAAUGACACUGUAAAGUUUGGAAACAAGGACCCUAUCUACCUAAAUAGCAUUUUUAGUCGGUACAACAAGGGAGUCAAAGAAAUAAAACGAGUGAAUGCAAUGCGGUAUGCUGUUAUUUUUGAUAAUGCAAAGAAUGCUAAUGCGUUACUGUUUAACUCAACAUUCUUGUCUUCUCAUGACAUCAAAGCCUUCAUCCCUGCGGCAACAUCAGAAUGCAUAGGAGUUAUACGAUACAUUCCCACAGAUCUUAGCUGCAAACAUCUAUUUGACAAACUUCUCAGUUCACAGGAGAUCCUGGCAGUCAGAAGGUUCACGAAGCGCACUCCUGAAGGUAUCAUCCCAUUGCAAACUGUAUCUCUGACCUUUGCAGAAAAUGUACUCCCCGAGCAUGUUAACUAUGGUCUAAGCAUUGUACCUGUAACUGAAUACAUUAAGCCUGUAAUGCAGUGUUAUAAAUGUAUGGCAUUUGGUCAUACUACUAAAUUUUGUAAAAGGAACAUCGUAUGCUCCAUAUGUUCACAACCUCACUCAUACAAAGAAUGUACUAACGCAAACAAACCUCUAUGUGUCAAUUGUAAAGGCGAGCAUAUUGCUGUGGCAAGGAUUUGUCCAGUUAAACAACAGAAAAUUGAAGAAAACAAAUAUAAAAUAAUGAACAAAACUACUUUGGGUUCUUUCUUCCCAACUUUAAACAAAUCUUUUGCCAAAGCAGUAGGUUCCCGACCUCUACAACAAAAUGUUAAAGACACGAAAGAGAUUAAAAAUAAAAACUUGUUGACUGAUGUUAUCAAUAAUGAUCUAAUUAUUAAAGCUAUUGUUGAUACUUUAUUAACUUUUUGUGACAAAGAAAACAGCUUGCCAAUUAAUUCCUCUAAUAUUAAAGAAAUGUUUUUAAAGAAAGUUUCUCAAAAUGGAUAG